CUUUAUUAAUAUUAAAUUUAUCAUAGUUUUAAUUUAGAUUUAGUUAGUAAAAUAAAUAAAAUGAUAAGAAAAUCUAUUUUAAAGGGAUCAAAAAGAAGCGUUAUUCGCUUUUGUGUUAGGAAUUGAAAUGUUUCAGCAGGGUCGAGUUAUAAUUGUUUGGUUAUCUUGGCUUAUUGGAGGUAUCUGUGGCGUGGUUAUUCUGUUAAUUAUUAUUUGUUAUUGCCGCCUAAUGCCGCGACAUCAGAAAUCAUUCGAUGAACAGUAUUUAAAAGAAAAUUAUACAAUAAAGGAAGGACAUAGCUACACAUGCCAUGAAAGUUAUAGAGUUAAACACACAGAGGUUCAAGUCCAGAGGCACACUCGGCCUGCAAGCUACGCGGGUGACCCGGAAUGUCGAGCUUCGCGUGCCCAGCCACAUUGCUACGUUAAUCGGGUUCCAGAACCACAACGAGAUCAACAACAGUAUGCUUCGAGUGGAAUGCUAGACGAGAUUGAGGGCGCGGCAAGCACGGACGCGCUAAAGACGCGAUCGUUGCCCGCCUUUCUGCGACCAAAACAACGACCACUAUCAACUGAAGAUGAUUUACAUCAAUUAUAUGCGAAGGUGAAUUUGAGCAAAAAAUACAAAAAUCGCAUGCGAAGUGAGCACGCGGCCAUCAUAGCACUCAGCAAGUCUCAUAGUCAGUUUUUGGACGCAGAUGCUGUCAUUGUUUACGACCAGAGGACUGCGCUUUAGAUCCUAACACGGCCGACCGACUUCAAAGAGAGAAAUCUCAAAUAGAUUUUGUAUUAUUCAUGACAGUUAUGAUAUAAUGUUGCUUAAUGUGAUAAAUAUAGUAAUUAAUGUUCUUUAUUGCGGACGCAUGUGCAAUAACACUUACCAACCAAAAACUAAAAAAUCGACACUAAAGGGUCUAAACACUCGUUCAUCCAUAACAGCUACGCAUGACGUCUUCUCGGGCGUCAUUAAAAAUGGUAUUAUACCAAAUUUGCACUAAAAAAAAAACACUUGGCUGUCAAUUAUUUUUUUUGAACACUGGCAACACAAAAAUUCAGCGUUUCGAACGAACGAAGAUCCGUUUCGUUAACAAGACAAUCCGACAAUCCGACAAACAUGUUGGUUGUAUUUGAGAUCUUCAAUCAAUAAAAUUGGCUUUUUGAAGUCAAUUCAAAGUUAAUUUAUACAUGUACAAUGCUUCAAUUCGUGUUUUGUAUCUAACAUAUGAUGUAUGAGCAAUAUUUACGCUGUUUGGUUGUUGAUAAUUAUUUGCAAUUUAGGUUAAAAAAUCAUUUUGUUUUUCUUUUAAAUUGUUUUAGAUAAUUGUAAAGAAUUUAUUUACAUGUGUUAUUAAAAGGGUCCACGUGAAUACCAUUCGUCUUUUAUAUAAUUGGCUCAACGUUUACCUUCUAAGUAUUAUUGUUAUAUAAAUUCUAAAAUAUUUUUGUACAGACUUGAACACUCGUAGAAAAUUCGAAUUAUACGAAUACGAAAAGGUCAUUUGAAACACAUUAUUUCUAUAUAACUUCUGUUUGUAACAUCAAGAGACUCGUACACUUCUCAGUUGUGCUCUGGUUUGUCAUAAAUCUUAAUAAACAAGAAAAAAUUCUUGGUGCUAAACACAUUUUUAUAUUAAUUGCGGUAAAAAGCAAUUAACGCUUCAAUGUCUCGCUUUUAUUUUGUCGUACAAAUUAAAAUUUAAGCUUAUUCCAUGACAAAAGUGGUUUGAAUUUAUGAGAUGUUUAAAAAUGGCUUAAAAAUGAUAACUUUGAGUGUCUUUUGUCUUAUAAUCUUCAAUGUCUACCUACCCUACAUAUCAAUACGAUAGUUUUAUAAGCUUUUGUCAUCAAAACAUAUACUCAAUCUUUACAUAUAUCUUGAAAUGUCUAAUAGUCUUUGCCACAAUAUUUAUAAUAAACCUUUCCUCUCCGAGGUUUUCCACGUAAACGGUCUUGUAAAAAGUGAACUGUAUAGGUAUUCGUUACCAUGGUUACCAUUAUUUUAAUAUGUAGAUAGCAUGGUAACAGAAAUGGCGGGAAAUGUUUGAAGAAAUUUUCAAAGUGGAAAAUAGUUUUUUAGAUGAAUGUUGCUUUGUGAUAUUUUGUAUAAACUAACUGUUCUUCUAUGAUCUGUGAUCAUGGCUAGUAUUAGUGUUUCACAAUAGACUGCUAGCCAUCCUAGGCAAUAGUACAUAAUGAACGAGUUGGUCUUAAGUUCAACAGUCUAUAGAUUUAGCCUUAGUGCUUAAUUUAAUGCCCAAGAAAAAAAAUGUAAUAAUUGUUACUAUAUGUAGCAUUUUAUACGCAACUUUUGUAUAAAACGAAUUUUACGUAGAGUACCGACAAACAUCUUGAACAAAUGUCCUUGUCUGCACAGAAGCGAUUUUUAGGUAUCAUUGGGAGGGGGGCGGCGGGAGAGUCACGUGUCGGUCGAAUUGUACAAUCAGUUGACGUUUGUGUUCCGCGCCCCCCACUCCCUUGAAUGCUCACGUAGUUUGCCGGUAUUUGUAAGCGUAAUAAAAUUAAUAAAAAAAAGUUUUUUGAUUAUAUAAUGCUGAAUUUAAAUGCGUUUUUGUAGUUAUUUUAUUUGAAUACAUAUACGCAUUUAUUUUGUACACUGUUUAAUAUGCGAAAUUUUUGACGUUUAGCUAGUUAAAUUGUUUAAUAGUUUAAUAAUUAUAUUAUUGUUUUAAUUACGAUUUUAUUCGACAAAUGACAAUACUUUUUGUC